CGUCAUUUCCUGUUUAGAUAGACGAAUGGCGGUGCAGGAAGUAGUUUUAACACGGUUUGGUUACGAGCGCUGAUGUAUGUACCUACUGAGUUUGAGUAGUGAUUUCAAUUCGGAUUGCUUUGUGUAAUUCGCUUUGGGUAGGCAAAUAAAGGCCACUGGAUCCGAAACGGCUGUCUGCUGGAACGGGCGGCUGGCGCCAUGUACCGAGGUCCUAGGCCGCACCGAGGAGCGUAUCCUCCUGCAGCGUCUCGGGGUUUUGCUCCCCGCGGCCCGCCUCCUGCGAGUUCUUUCCCCAGCGCUCCGUACCGGAAUGAGCACGCGCGAGACAGCAUCGGCUAUCAGCAUGGCUACCGACGGCACCCGGAGCAUCCGAGGAGGCGCUACUCAUCACCGGGCAGAGGGUCGGCUGAAGACUACAGAGGCGAUGGGCCUCCCCCUAGAGACUACGGCCAUAGAUAUACCCCUUCACCCCCACGUGCUGGUCUCCCUACUGACCAUAGUCUUGUUAUAACUGUGGGCAACGAGUUGACCGGUUUAUCCCAGAGCAAAGGAGCAGAUAUGCCCUAUGCCAGAGAUUAUUCUCCACGCCGGUCAAGCUAUGAGGGCGGCCACGAUGAACGGGGUUCAAGAAGGCACAGUCAGAGCCAUUGUAGGAACAGGGGCUGGAGCCGCAGUCCAGACAGAAUUCACAGCAGAAGUCGGCCUCGCAGCAGGAGCCGUAGUCGUGCAGUUAGCCGCAGCAGGGCGCAGAGCCGAGGACGUAGCAGACCACGGAGCAGGAGUAGAAGUAGGUCCCGGAGCAGGGGAAGGAGUAGAGCAAGGAGCAGGGCACGGAGCAAGAGUAGACCACACAGCAGAAGCAGAACCCGGAGCAGGGGAAGGAGCCGGGGCCGGAGCAGGGGUAAGAGCCGUGGCCGGAGCAGAGGUCGGAGCCGGAGCUGCAGUGGCAGUAGCAGUAGUAGCCGUAGCAGGAACAGCAGAGACAAUAAGAGACAUAACGAUGAGUUUAGUGAGCUUGAGAGGGCCCGUCGGCGUAAAGAACUGGAGGACAUGCUGUCGAUGCCCACUAAAUCCAUCUUAAAAAAGAGAGUUGACUCCUCUGAAACAGAUUCUCCCAUGAUUGGACAGAAUACUGACUCUCCACAAGGGAAUUCAGGCAGUAGUCUUUCAAAGGAUGCGGAACAGUUACUAUGUGCAGUGACUAAAAACAUGGACCCAGACUUGCUGGCAUCAGCGUUGGCUCAAAAUUCUAAUGCCAGUGCAUUUGAAGAGCUCAUAAGCAAAUUACAGCCGACCAAAGAGAGUGGGCAUGGGUUCCAUCUCCCUCAUGAAAGUAGCAGCCAGGAGCAUUCAGACCUCACUCAGCUACUCAGUGUGAUGGCAGAGGCAGUAGUCCAACCACCAGAUAAAAAGAAAAGCUUUGUAGAUAUUGAAGAUGAAGAGAAGUUCUUGUAUGGGGAUGAAGAAGAGGAAGACAAAUUCCCAGCAAAAGAAAUGCCUAAAUCUGGACAAUGUAGCUUAAUGGAUGUCUAUGGGAAAACUGGACCUGAUGUGCUGUAUCAUGAGCCAAAGACUUCAGUAGUACAUGAUCUACACAGGAAAGAUUAUGGACAUUCGUACAGUCAUGGGCAUCCUGAAGAAGAUGCAAGUCAGAUAACUAAACAAAGCAAAUAUCGGGAUAAACACUAUUCUUCAGCCUCAGAAGGGCAGCGUCUUGAUGGUGAACCUCAGAGUAACCCACCAGUAUCUGGGUCUCAUGAUGCUCAAGUUAGAGCAGAAGUUGAGGAAUAUGAGAAGAUACAAGACCUCCUUAAAACUAUUGGUCUUGACCUGGGGGUAGCUGAGAUCAGCAAGAUGGCUGCGAGGACGCAAGAGCGCCUCCAAGGUAAGAAUCCUGCGAAGUCGACUGUCAAAAAACACCAGUCUGACCGCAGACACAAGAGCUACAGCAGGAGUUCCAGUAGUAAUAGCCGGGGUAGGAGUAGCAGCAGGGGAAGCAGUUGCAGCAGGAGAAGCAGUCGCAGUCGGAGCAGCAGUUAUGAGCGCACCUCAAGUCGUGACCGGAAGAAAUCUGUUCCUCUUGAAAGAUGUUCAUCGCGAUCAGGCAGCCAGAACCAGAGGGAGCUUCGGCCUGGCACUAAAGCUGAAGAGAACCCGUGGCCAAUUGCAGGACCCCCUCCUCCUGAAGUUGUGAAUCCUCAAACAAAUAAUUUCCCCACUCACUCUGCCCAUCAGAUGCCUCCCUAUUCGCAGCCACACACACGUGGAGUUAUGCCUCCCAACUACCCUCCACCUGGCUAUGAUCCUUAUGGGAACUACAUGCCGUAUAUGCCCCAAGGCUGGCCCAUGUACCCACCCCCUACUAUGCCAAUGCCUCCUCAAACUCCCAUGGAUGGCUACAGUUCCCCUGCCGUAGAUCGGCGCUUCUUGAAAGUAAUCAAUACGGGAGCAAAUGAAGCUCAAGAGAUGGAUAAAAAAGGCUCAAAGGUGGACCCAGUACAGAGCAUGACGAUUGCAUGCAGUGGAAACCAGAGGAGGGUAAUUGAAGAAAAGAAUAAUGCCAAACAAAAGCAAAAGGUUACUGAAGAGCUUGAAAAGCUGAAGAAGGACAGAGAAUCCCGAAUGAAGAAAAAAGAUAGUCUAAUGAAAGAGUUGGAGACACUGCGAAAGCAGCAAGGGGAGCUCCUAAGGAAAAAGCGAAGAGAGAAAGAUGGUCACAAGGAUCCCAUCCUUAUGGAGCUUGGUCGUCUUCAAGAGGAUGUGAUGGCCCAGAUAUCCAGUCUGCGCACUGAACAUGAGGCAGCAGAGAAGAAGCAUGAGGAAUUAGUGAAGGUGGCAACCAUCCUGGGGCUGGAUCACAAAAACCUUAGGAGCUCUGCGGAUCAUGAGCACGGACCUUCUCGUAGCAAGUCUAAAGAGUCCAGAAGUCCAGAGAAAUCUAAAUCUGCCUCCAUCACGUCCAACACUCAGGGUACCAAGUCAUCAGCACCAGAAUCCAGCACCAAAUCGGAUUCAUUAGCUGAGAUAUUUGAGUACUAUGAUGCAGGAAACCACUGGUGCAAAAACUGCAACAUUACUAGCGGUUCCAUGUUUGAUUUUUUUACACACUUGCACAGCAAAAUGCACAGAAAGACUAUAGAUCCCUACAUCAGACCUUGGGCAACAAAUUUUGAGCAUGAGAAGAAGCACCCUACAGGCGAACUCAUUUCUAAACCAGCAAAAGGUUCUGAAUUUGUGUUACCUGUGAGGGGAUUUUUCUGCCAGUUGUGUAAAGAGUUUUUCGGAGAUCCUAUUUGUGCAGAGGCCCAUGUUACAUGCCAUGCGCACAAUGAAAAGUAUAAGAAACAAAUGUACGAGAACCCUCUUUAUGAACAACGGAGGAACCUCGAUCGCCAAGCUGGCAUGGAGAGUGGAAAAAAGCAGACUGAGCACAAAAGAAAGCAUGAAGAUGAGGACUCUCAGGAUGAGCAGAAAAACUCCAAGUCCAGCAAAGAUCAAGUGAAAAAGCCCAAAAGCAAGAACGAAGAUGAGAAAUCACCCAAACGCGUAAAGGAAGAGGAAAGAAAUGUAAAAAAUAUCAAAGAGGAAGAGCAUAAACCUAAAUUUAAGAAAGAGGAGGUUGAGAGGACCAAAUGUAGAAAAGAAGAGGUGGAAAAGGCUAGGUAUACAAAAGAAGAAGGGGAGAGGAACAAGUUUAGAAAAGAAGAGGAAGAGCGGUACAGACAGAGGAAAGGAGAUGAAGAGAGAUACAGAUCCGAUGAAGACAAAUAUCGCUUCAGGGAAGAAAAUCAGUUCAAGUACCGAGAAGAUAAUGAGAAGUAUCGAUUCAGGAAUGAGGAUGAGAAGUCUAGGUAUCGGAAAGGGGAUGACAAGAAAUACAAAUACGGCCAUGAAACUGAGGAAGAUAGGAGACCAAAACACAGGGAGGAAGAGGGUUUAAAGUUGGCAAAAUCAAAAUGGGAGGAAGAUGAGGAGGAAGAGGAGAGGACCAACUAUGGGAAAAAGGAGGAUAAAAAACAGCACCAAAAAGGAGGCUACAAAGAUGAGAAAGAGAAGUCGUCUUUGAAAGAUGUUAAGAUUGACCCCGAGAAGCCUAGUGAUCUCCCUAAGGUUCUUUGUGGGCCCAGCCCUGCCAUGUUGGCUAAACUGCGCAAAAAGAAUGAGGAAGCCACUUCACGUGCUACCUUUGGAAAAUUCACUUGGAAAAAGCCUGAAAAGACUGCACUGGAGAAGGAAGCCGAGAAAAUUGCAGAGCAAUUCAUGAAGGAAGAUGAGGAGAGUACUGUAUCUAAAGCAACAACUAAAGACUCUGAUGAACAUGAUCCCUUUUCCAAGUCUGUGGCUGCUGCCAAGAGUAUUGCUAUCAAACUCUUGGGUAAAACAUCUAUCGCUCCUUCCCAAGAAUGGGUAGCCUUUAACCAAGUUAAAAUUCGUCCCAAUUUAUCCACCCCUUCUAAUGUUCAGAAGAAGUCCAAUGUUGGCGUUCAAAACAAACCGGUUUCUACUGACACACCCUCAUUACCUGUACCAGCCAUGGAUGAAAGCAGCAAAUCUUCUGAUGCUUCAAUAAAAAAACAAGCAGAGAAAGACGACGUUCUGCCAGCUGAUGUAAUCUCUAAGGCGUUUGGUGGUGAGGAGAUUAAAUUGGAAGAUGCAGAUGAGAAUUCAUCAAGCCUUACAUCUGCAUCUGUCUCCAUACCAACUACUUCAACUGUGACAACUCCAUUAUCCACAGUGAAGGAGGUGGAGGCUGUCAAGGUAAAAGCUCCUACUGAAUGUAUCAUUACUCUCGAGUCUGAUGUAGCUGCCUCUGGAGUACCCGAGGAAGAACACAAACAGACAGUCAUGGUCCGUCCUCCUCCUCAACUUAAGACCCUCAGUAGUUACUCUUCAAAAACAGACAAGCCAAAAAUGAGUCUAGCAGCAGCGAAAGCAAAAGACUUGUUUGACAUUUUCUAUGGCAGCAGCACUAUGGCAAGCUGCAGUGGUUCUAGUGUUGGCAAUAAAGUUGGCUGUAAAAAAGACUCUAAAGCUGAUUCAGGAAGUUUGUUAACCACUCUAAAUAAAGAAUCAACAAAGGAGCAGGAUCCAAACAGUAAACACUUAGCUGAGGUCUCCAGCUUAAAGUGUGAGGAGCCGUCUGCAGGCAGAGGAACACAGGCUGAACAACCAACUUUUGAUCUUGAUGUAGAACCACUUGUGGACUCAAAAACAGAAGAGCAUUGUGGAAGUAUGGAAAUGGCAACGGUUGAUUGCAAGAAUGAAGUAGAUUCUCUAGACUGUUUAGCCAAUUCAGAAAUCAUGGAGAACAUUGAGAUGAUGGAAUCGAAUGAUAACCCAAAUCCUCUGGACACUGAAGAGGCGAUGACUCUUUCGUUCUCCCCACCACCAGGUUCUUUUACAGAGCAGCUGAACUUGGACACAUUUGAGUUCAGUUUUGACUCUUUGUAAAGAACCUCCAUCCAGUAGGUUUAGGGAUGUGCAUGAAAACCUACAAAUGUUUCAAUAACAUUGAUCUGAAAACUUUUACUUUGUAUUAUUUGGUUGAGAUGUUUCAUGUAUCUUCUUAAACUCUUUGGCAGGUAAUGCCAGUGAAAUGAUGGACUGACAAGCACUCAUUCUGAAGGAAAGGAGAUUCCACUGAAAGAAUGAGCACUUUCUCAACAAGUAAUGAAUCAUUAGCAUAUGUAAAAUGUUACACCGUUUUUUGUUAAAGUACAGGGUUUUGAACUCCCUGCUUUUUCUUGCUUUGUUUGCAGCUGAAACAGUUCCUUUAAAAAAAAAGAAAGGUAAUGUAGACCAUCAUUUUAUAUAAUCUGUUUGAGAGUAAAUUAAGUUCAAGUCUAAAAAUCCAUGAAUCGUUCGACUUAAGUAAAUCAAAGAUAUUUUAAUACAGGAGCCAGAGAGAUCCAGGGUCAGAAGAGAAAAAGAAUUGGUGUGGAGCUCGUGCUACAACAGCAAAAAUGUCUUGAAAUACAUUUGUACCUUGGUGCCCAGCAUAAGCGGUUUUCUCUUUACAGCUCUUCUGGGAAUUGAUACAAAUCUGAGAUUAUGCUCAUAUGCCCUGUUCAAUGAAAUGCUGUACGUUGUUUCUAUGCUACCAUUGGUUGUUUCUGUAGUUUCUGGUGUAUAAGGUCUAGUUCAAAUAAAUUUCAAUGACCUCC